AUGUUCAUUCCCAAAAGACCAGCAGGCAGUCGGAUGGACCGCAAGCUACCUAAAGAAGACAAAAAAGAUGACCUAGCGUUUCUUAAAAUGUGGAACCGACAUCAACGUAAUGCUGAAACUUUCAAGUACCAAGAAAUGGACGUUGACGCUGUUGAGAGCCUCCUGAACCAGGAUGUCGAAACUUUGUGCAAUGCGAUUCAAGUCCCUCCUUCUAUCGCACGUUUGUUUCUUCUCAACCAUGAUUGGGACAUGGAUUCUGUCAAAUCGAAGUUCAUCGCCAAUCCCCUGGGAUGGUUGAUCACCCAAUGUCUUUUGCCGGCUGCCUCGGAGAAUCCCUGUAAAUCUGAUAGCCCCGCCGUUAUGGCAUGUGUACGAGAAAUCCAACGACUCGGCUAUCCUGUCCAACGAUACAUGACACCAUCGAAGCCAAGCUCAGAUGGAGUAUGUCCUGUCUGUUGCAACACCCCUCCAUCCUCUCGAGCCAAAAUUGAGUUCUUCUCCGAAUCACCUCCGUGCUCAGGCAAACCUUCAACACAGUCGUCUGGACAGCCUAACAAUCAUUCAGGUUUGUACGGACUUUCUUGCGGUCAUCGAUACUGUUCGGAAUGCUGGUCAUCUCAUUUGUCUAUCCAAAUCGAAGCAUUGACUCUGGAUAUCAAGUGUAUGGGACAAUCGUGCAAACUGUCGGUGCCCGAAGACUUUUUUUUAUCUAUGCUCAAGGGAUCUCCUUUGAGAGAUAAAUAUCAAAAAUUCAUUUUUCAUCGAAUGGUCCUGUGUCAUCCUCUGCUGAGGUUUUGCAUUGGAGCCGAUUGUCCUGUGAUCAUCCGUGCGCUGGAACCACCCAAGGCUCGCCUGAUUCACUGCUCGCAUUGCCAGUCUCGUUUCUGCUUCGCUUGCGGUGGGCAGUACCAUGCACCAGUUGACUGUGAUACUAUGAAAUUGUGGUUGGCUAAAUGUGAAGAUGACUCCGGCACUGCCACCUACAUUGCUGCAAAUACCAAGGACUGUCCAGAAUGUCAUGUAUGUAUCGAGAAAAACGGAGGCUGCAAUCACAUGGUAUGCACAAAGUGCUCUCAUGAAUUUUGUUGGGUUUGUAUGGAUGCUUGGAACACCCACCGGGGCUCAUACAAUUGCAGUCGAUACAACUCUUCUGAGGCUAUGAAAGACAUCCAUCGGAGCAGUGCCCGAGAGGCGCUGCGACGCUACGUUUUCUACUAUGAUCGUUGGGCCAACCAUGAACAGAGCCUCCGAUUGGAGCAAGAACAUCGCGCGGCCGUGAGCGCACGCAUCCACCAGAAGGUUUUGGCGAUGGACGGCACGUGGAUCGAUUGGCAGUACUUGUUGACAGCAGCUGAAACCCUACGCAACUGUCGAUACACCUUGAAGUAUACCUAUCCGAUGGCGUAUUUCUCCGAGAAGCUUAUUAACAAAGACCUGUUUGAGUAUCAGCAGGCGGCGUUGGAGGCCGAGGUAGAAGACUUAGCCUGGAAAAUCGAACGGGCGGAGAUCACUGAUCGUGCGGCCCUCCAGAACGCUAUGGACAUGUGUGAGAAGCACCGUCUGACGCUGUUGAAACAGUUCUUAAAGGAGUGAUACAACCUAGCAUUUGUUGUAUACAGCGGUCCAAGUUUUGUCCUUGCUGCGUUGACGUAAUUUAUGCACCUGAGGGGAACAUAUUUACCUGUUAUCAGACGUCCAAUUUUUGCUUUUUUUCUACACCUUUUAUCGAGGUUUCCACUUUUACUCCCAAGUUUCUCAAGAUAUAAAGCACCUGAACUUGUUUACAUCAAAUCAUUUGAUCCUUCUUCUGGUUGGGAUGCAGUGUUCAUUAAUUCGCUUUUAUGCUGAAC